GGUCUAGCUCCUACUAUCACUUGGCAUUUCUGACUCAUCUCUAUCUUUUCCGGCCACCGUAUAAUCAAUCCUCUAAUCCCACCAGCAAGGCAGUAAUGGCGGAUGGGGAGAUGGACUGGAUCGCGGCGCGGUUCCUGCUGUCCACCAUACUCGGGGUGCACCCGCUGGUGGUCCUGGACGACGGCGGCCGCGACGACGAGCACUUCGCCGUGGACGACCGCGGCCAGCGCGUGACGGUGCCGGUGCCGGCGGCGGUGGAGGCGCCCGACGGGGUGGCCGGCGUGUCGGUGUGCGCGGUGUGCACGGAGGAGGUCGCGGCGGGGCAGGCCGUGGUGCGGCUGCCGUGCGCGCACUGGUACCACGCCGGCUGCAUCGCCCCCUGGCUGCGGAUCCGGAACAACUGCCCGACGUGCCGGGCGGAGCUGCCUCGGGAGGGCGGGGCGGAGAGGCCGCGGCCGCCUGCCGGUGCCGGCUGGUUGCGGCGGGAGGCGUCCUACACGAUGCUUGCCGGCACGUUGCCCUGCUAAUAAUUAAACUAGCUACUAGCCGGUGGACGUGCGUGACAGCCUGACAGGCAACGCGUCGUGACAGUAGUAUUAAUGUACAGCGAUAUUUGAAGAACUUUUUUAGUGUUAGCAAUGUACAGCGAUAAGGCGAUAAUAUAAUCGAAGCGAUCAAAACUAAGAGUUUGGAGAUUUCACUCGAAACUUGGUUGGAACAACAGUUCGUCAUCAGUUAUUCUU